UAAAAAAAUACACGACGAUGAUAAAAUUAAAUAAAUUUUAACGAACAAAGUGAAUAAUUUUCUUCCCAAAUACCGGUUGUGACGUCAUAUGUACCACGUUAUAGUCAAGAUGGCAACCAAGAUGAUUACCAUAUAUAUACUAUGGAGUUUUGUUGCUUGUUCAUUCUUCUACGUAGCCCAGGCUUUCUAUGUACCUGGAGUGGCUCCAGUUGAGUUUCACAGGGGUCAACCUGUAGAGGUCAAGGCUGUGAAAAUGACAAGUGUAAAGACACAGUUACCUUAUGAAUAUUAUUCUUUACCAUUCUGUAAACCUCAAGGUGGAGUGGUUUAUAAAACAGAAAACCUUGGUGAAGUCUUACGCGGUGAUCGGAUUACUAACACACCCUAUGAAGUUACUAUGGCUGAUAGUAAAGGCUGUGAAAUUCUUUGCCAUAAUGAGAAAGCUGUUACUAUGAUGAUAGAGGAUAGUAAACUCAUGGCAGAAAGGAUCAGACAUGCAUAUUAUGUCCAUUUGUUGGUUGAUAACUUACCGUGUGCUACUAAAUUUGAAAUGUUAGGGACUCGAGAAAUACAAUAUGAACAUGGAUAUAAGCUAGGUUUUGUCAAAAAUAAUGAGGCUUUCAUCAACAAUCAUCUUAAAAUCAUCUUGAAAUAUCAUACCGAAGACGAGUCCAAAUACCGAGUGGUUGGUUUUGAAGUGGAAGCUCAAAGCAUUGAUUUCUCCGAACUUACAGUCCAAGCUAAAAAAUGCACUGUCAAAAAUAAAGAACCAAAACCACAAAAAAUAAACGAGAAAGGAGAAACAAAAGUGAUUUUCUCAUACUCUGUGGAUUGGCAGAGCAGCCAUAUCCAGUGGGCUUCCAGAUGGGACACGUAUUUGGCCAUGAGUGAUGUACAGAUCCAUUGGUUUUCUAUCAUAAAUUCAGUUGUUGUUGUCUUCUUCUUAUCAGGAAUUCUCACAAUGAUUAUGGUUCGUUCAUUGCGCCGAGACAUUGCAAGAUAUAACAAAGAUGAAGACAUCGAAGAGACACUUGAAGAAACAGGCUGGAAAUUGGUUCACGGUGAUAUAUUUCGUCCUCCCCGCCAUCCUAAGUUGUUGGCUUCUUUAAUUGGUGCAGGAAACCAAAUAUUUUGUAUGUCACUGAUCAUCAUAUUUUUUGCAAUGCUUGGUAUGUUAUCUCCAGCCUCACGAGGAGCUCUGAUGACAGCUGCCAUUUUCCUUUUUGUCUUCCUUGGGUUAAUUGCUGGCUAUUUUUCGGCUCGGCUCUAUAAAACCAUGAAAGGUAACCAGUGGAAAAAAGCAGCAUUUCAGACAGGAACAUUUUAUCCUGGAAUCCUUUUUGGAACUUGUUUUAUUUUAAAUUUCUUCAUUUGGGGAAAACAUUCAUCAGGAGCAGUUCCAUUCAGCACAAUGGUUGCACUAUUAUGUAUGUGGUUUGGGAUCUCACUUCCAUUAGUCUUUUUGGGUUACUAUUUUGGUUACAGAAAACAGCCAUACCAACAUCCUGUACGAACUAACCAAAUUCCAAGACAAGUUCCUGAACAGAUGUGGUAUAUGAACCCUAUAUUAGGGACACUAAUGGCCGGCAUUCUGCCAUUUGGAGCUGUAUUCAUUGAGUUAUUCUUCAUUUUCACUGCAAUUUGGGAGAAUCAGUUUUAUUAUUUGUUUGGAUUCUUGUUCUUGGUCUUCAUCAUUUUAGUAAUUUCAGUGUCCCAAAUUUCCAUUGUGAUGGUAUAUUUCCAAUUAUGUGGUGAGGAUUACCAUUGGUGGUGGCAUUCUUUUGUUGUGUCUGGUGGUUCUGCUGUCUACAUGUUUGCAUAUUCUAUCUUCUAUUUUGUUACAAAGCUUGAAAUCACAGAAUUCAUCCCAACUCUUCUCUACUUUGGUUACACAUUGCUCAUGUCUUUCACGUUUUGGAUCCUGACUGGCACCAUUGGCUUCUACGCAGCAUACUUUUUUAUUCGACGAAUUUAUGCAGCAAUCAAAAUUGACUGAUGGAUUCCUCUCUACUUAGCUUACUUCUCUUAGGAUCUACUUCGACAUUUACUUUUAACAACCACACUACUACUACUACUACUAUAACUACUACUAACAACAACAUCAACAGCAACAACAAUAAUAAUAAUAAAAAUAUAAACAACAAAGACUUGACAGAUUGGUUUUAUCAGUAUUUAAUGAAAACUGGAAAGUGGACUGAGAGAUAAGAACCGCAACCAUUGUCAAGAAUCAUAAUGUUUUACCAUCAUCAUGCUCUCUUCUUAUGUUUUUUUAUUAUUCUUAUUCUUCUUCAUAUUAUUAUUUAAAUUGUUAUUUUGCCAAAAGAGUUGUUCCACACAAAUAUUGGGAGAUCCAGGGUUGAGUAAUUCGGAGAAAGAAAACUGGGGAAGUUUUAACUAAAUUAAAAGAGGAAAAGGGAAAACAAUUAUAUCCUUGCAGAUGAGGGUGGAAUCUAAAUUAUGAAAAAAAAAAAAAAAAAAAAAAAAA